GCCGCACCUGCAGUAAGUUCCACAGCAGUUAGAGUUCCGGGUAGCGCGUGUGAGGCGGAGCCCCGCAGUUCCGUCUGCUUCAUCCGCAGCGGCUCCCUGUCUGUCUCGUUGCAUUCUCCAGAGAGGGACGGACCUCCACUUCCUCUAUCAGAAAAAUGUCUGCUCCAGCUCAGCCACCCGCUGAAGGAACGGAAGGGGCUGCCCCAGGUGGAGGUCCUCCUGGUCCCCCUCCUAAUAUGACCAGUAAUCGACGACUACAGCAAACCCAGGCACAAGUGGAGGAGGUGGUGGACAUCAUGCGUGUGAAUGUGGACAAGGUCCUAGAGAGGGACCAGAAGCUGUCAGAGUUGGAUGACCGAGCUGACGCCUUGCAGGCCGGAGCAUCCCAGUUUGAGAGCAGUGCUGCCAAGCUGAAAAGGAAGUACUGGUGGAAAAACUGCAAGAUGAUGAUCAUGCUGGGAGCUAUCUGUGCCAUCAUCGUGGUCGUUAUUGUAAUCUACUUUUUUACUUGAGAAUGUGCCAACCCGUCCCUGUUCUCCAUUGCCAUCCAAGUUCAUGUCUUUUUCUCCCCGUCUGCUCUCUCAGCCAACUCCUUCAUCUGCCUGUCUCCAUUCUAGCCCAGGCUUCUCCAUCACCCAUGCCUCCUUUUCUGUUGCACUCUCUUCCUUCACACUAGAAAUGCUGCGUGUGGCCGGUCUUGAAGUCACUACCCAAAGAGCAACAGCUGGCACCCCUUCCUUACCCCAGAGCUUAAAAGUGCUGUGGCCAGGGGAAGGAGGACAAUGGGGAUGGCAGAGGUGAAGUGUCUGAGAAGCUGGCAUGGCUGAGGGAAGGAGAAGGGUGUUUGUCUCCUAGCUAGGCUGGCCUUCAGCACGAGGGGACCCAGACUACUUGGGAAGUAAUGACUUGCUGCCUGUUUUAUAUAAUAGUUGGUAACCACUACCCUGAAACUUCCCCCCAUGCCAGGACUGUCUCGGGUCCCAGAGGUCUGUUUAAAGACAGAAGUCCAACUGGAAUUUUGUAGUUACUGCUUGUCUGUCAGUGUAAGAUGUUCUGUCUUUGGGGAACUUUACAGCCUUAGACAUUGUUCUCUGUGGGCCUAGAAAACAAGUACUUACUGAUUAUAAAAGCAGCAGGAGACGCCAUCCCACAUGCUUCUGUCUAGGAGCCGCUGUCUCCUCAUCUUUUCUAAAGUGUUCUAUGUUGCUCAUGAGGGCACCAAAUAAUUCUACUCAGCUUUGAACUAGCAAGCAUUUGGGGACAUGCUUCUUGCCAUCUCAUUAUUGAAGUUCAGCCUCCCUUGCUGUUGAUGAUGGGAACUGGGUAUGAAAUGGUGAGACUAGACUCCCAGGCUUCCACAGAAUCCCUUCCUCCACAUCUUUCUCUCAUUCUUGCCUGAGAUAGGGAUGUGGCAGGAAGGCCUUCCCAGCAAAGCCUGCAGCUCAGUCUUGGAUGGGAGGGGUGCCAGCCUGUGACAGGUGUGCUGUGCACUGCUGUGCCGGCAUGGGGCCUCGCAUCUGGAGCUGUCUGCUUCUCCUCCUUCAGUAACUUCUCUGGAACCAUCUUCCCCCAUCUGAAUUCUGCAUUGCCUUCUCUCCUCUACUCCCUUUGCAUGCCCUGUGUGAAUAGAGGCUGAAACCUGAGGAUGGGAGCUGCUGCUGAGCCUCACAAGAGGAUGCCGCAUGCCAUAAACCCAGGUGCUAGGGGGAGUGCAGGAGGGGGUGCUCUCAGGCCUUUAUUACUUCUGUCCUCUGGUCCACAAGCAGGAGGAGGCUGGGGCCAUGCCAGCCCGUGUGCCCCCUUUCCACGCAGCAGCAUUUCACUCUGCAAAACCAUCCUUCUUUCCCUUUGCCCAUUUGCCACAUUUCCUUCGUCCUGCCUCAGGGCGGGACUGAAGAGCUGAAGAAAGCAGUCAGUGUACUCUCCCAACGUCCCCCCGAAGCUCUCCUCUAUCCUCUGGGCUUCUCUUUGCCUAGUGCAGGGGGGUCACCGCUGGAGAAGAACCAACACUGUCCUUGAUGUACUCCGAGCCUGGAGCAAAUUUACCCUGUUGGUCCACCCAGUCCUAGCACGGGUUUCUGUCCCGCUAAGGCUUACCAGGUGUAGUUGGUUUUGUUCUUUUGGGGUGUUAGCCCUUUUAUUUUCUUUCUCACCCCACCCCGAGCCCUCUUCUGUGUCUUUGCAGUCUGUUUUCCCUCCCACCACCCAUGUGCAUGAGCAAGUAUGCCUCUAAACCCUGGGACUUUGCAGCCAGUGAAGCCAAGCUUCCCACAUCCCCUUCUUUGGUUUGCCAUGAGACGAUGUGGGGUUUCCAUUGUGUCUGUCCUUGCCUCUGUCUUUUUCCUAACCCAGUCUCAUAGUUUAUGUAUAGAGUAGUAAGAGUUGUAUUUCCACCAAAGGCAUGUGACAUAUUUACCAAUUUCAUGUAUUCUCAACGACGGCGGAAAAUACAAAUUCCUUCCACAACAUCA